CCCACCUAUAAUUCCCCCCCCACCAGCCCUUGCUACCAUAACGGGACAUCGACGCUUGCUCGACCGUGGAAUCGGUUCAAUGGGGGGCAAGAAGAACCAGAUCUACUUAAUGGUUGUGCCUAUCCCAACCGGGGCGGUCGGCCAAUCUUCGCUAUCGGCGGGUGGGUCACCUCUGUCUCCCUCCUUUGCAUUGCACAUUCACUAUAUCACACCUCUGAAACACCACCCAUUACGGCAGCUUGUCACAAUCGACUUCUUGGGAAUAAAUAGUAAUGAAACUGCCAAGGAGAAUACCACUUCUGCCAUGGAUUGCCAACCACAACUUAUGAAGAGGCGAGCAAUACAGUCAUGCCUGACAAAGAUUAAAACGCAUAUGCUGCAACAAGUACUCUCUCAAUGCGGGGUUUCUAAAGAUUUAAAGACCAUGGAAUUUUCAAGGCCCCUACCAAACACCUCAUCUUCUCAGCCACUGCUUUAAAUUUGUUACAAUUUAGAAUGUAACAUUUGUUCCCAGUGUUGUAACAAGUGACUCUGAUAUGCAGACAUUCCAUUAACGAAGAAAACAUCCCUUCCACGCUUUCUCCAGAAACGGACGGCCAGGUAGCUUGAGCUUCUGGGUUGAUUUGCGACGGAGAUUGAAAGACAAAGAAAGAUAACAUUACUUCGCCCGUGAUGUUGUUUUAAGUCGAAUGGAAUGUUUCUAUUCAUAUAAAUAUAUUUAUAUAUUUAAA